AUGUUUAAACAGGUUACCUUCUUUGCUUAUCUAAUACACUUGUGUUUGGGAGAUGAAUUACUAUCAGUGCAUAUCAUGUGGAGACACGGGGCUAGAAAACCUUAUUUCUGCAAUUGGGGUUGUGAUGAGAAAACCAAAUCCUCUUUGUCUGAAUUGACUCCGGUAGGAAUGAGAUAACAUUAUGUCUUAGGAUAAUGGCUGAAAAAGAAGUAUAUAGAAACAGGAUUUCUGGAUCCUAUUUUUAAUGAAAAUUAAAUCUAUAUAGAGAGUAGUAAUACAAAUAGAACAAUUAUGAGUGCUUACAGCAAUCUAUAAGGAAUGUUCCCUAAAGGUCCUAUAGUACCAAAAGUAUCAAAUGAUCUACUAUUACCACCUAUGACUGAUGUUAAAACCCCAGAGGGAAUUUAGGAUUUUGCAUUACCCAAUUAGAUUCAGGUUAUUCCAAUCCAUAGUUUGCAAGAAGAAUUAGACUAUGUAAUGUACAUGUACUGUCCUGCCUUAUGGGAUGGUGGAGCACAUAAUUUACAUACUGAUGUUUACUAUGAUAUUAACAAUCGUUCCUAGGAGUUGAUUAAAAGAUUUAACAAAGAACUCAAUCAAAAUUUAACAAACAUAGUGGAACUAUAUGAGUGGAGAGACACCUUUAUCAGCAAUGAAUAUAAUGCAGGAGAGAAUCCACGUGAAUUAACUCCAGAUUUGAUGGCAGAAUUAGAUAAAAUAGCAGGACUUGGAUUCCUUUUAUAUUAUACUUAAGACUAUUACCAAGCAGCUCUUCUUACAAGUGAAUUUUUUAGAACUCUUCUUGAUGGCUUUGAUGGAGUUCUAAAUCGAACAUCAAAAAUAAAGUAUCAUGCUUAUUCUGCCCAUGACUCUAGUAUAUAUGCCUUAUUGUAUGCAUUGAAUUUAACAAAUGUUGAAUGCUACAAUCAAAGUUAUUUCGGAAAAGUUGAAUCUCAUACUACUUGCAUUACUACUUAUCCUGAUUAUACCGCCAACAUUAUUUAUGAGUUAUACAAUAGUUCCACUCUUGGACCUUAUGUUAAAAUCAUGUAUAAUGGUACAUACGUGAGUGUUUGUCAAGAUCAAUCAUUAACCUGUUCGUACUCUCAUUUCAAAAGUGUUAUCAAAGGGAUUAGGAGGGAUUACAAAAAGGAAUGUAAAAUUGAAGAAGUAUCGAUCCCUGUAGACUAUUAAACUCCAUGGUGGGCUGUUACAUUUUUUGUUUUAGUGUUGGGUUUGUGCGUUUGUUCUUUUUCAAUGGUUGUAAUCAUACAUCAAAAAAAAUAGAGAUAUGUGAGAUAAAAUAAUAGAUAUGGAGUGUGA